AUGGUUGAGAGUGAGGAGAGCUUCAGACUGGAGGAGGACAUCGCUGGUCUGUUUGAUGAGGUAACAGACACAGUUGAUGAGGUCAAUCCAGUCGACGUAUACAUGGACUUCCAUAAAGCUUUUGAUGAAGUGCCAAGUAGCACGGAUAAGAAGCUGGCUAUGUCACAGACAACAGAUUACUAUGAGGCAUUAUUUCACAGAUUACACACGCAGUACCAGGAGAUGCCUGUAAUGGGAUUGCUGCUGAUGUAUUCAAACCACUACAUCCACCUGCUUGAGUCUUCCAUUGAUAUGCUUUAUUCUAUUAUCCGGGAUCUUGCCAACCCAUUGCCUGAAGAAAGGCUGGCUCAGUCAGACAUCAAGAUCCUUGUACUGUCUCACAACAUCCCAGACCGCCUGUAUCGCCAGUGGCUGCAGCGACCAAUAAACAUGCCUGUCACAUUGAUGAUGGAUACUUCUGAGAUGGAACCGGUGGAGAAGCUGGUCCCUGAGUGCCUGGCUCUUCUGCUAAAGCUUGGAAAUUUUAUCCUGCAAAAUCCAAAGAAGACCAUCACCAAACCAAAUCUCUCUGUGUCUGAUGAAGUCCGCCACUUGAUCAUCAAGGAGAACACCAUCAAGUCUCUUUGUGGCAGCUCUGAGCUCAUGACUCCACAGAAGUUCCUCGAGUAUUAUGAGAAAUCUAUGCAUGUUGUCCUAGAUUCAGGUAGAGUUUACCUUGGCCGUGGCUGUGAACUUGGAGAUGAAUGA